UUGCUGGCAUUUUCUCUUUCUUUCUAUUCUAUUCUACUCUCCAUUGUACAAAAUUUCCCGAGAAAAUAAAAACUAAAAAAAGAAAAGAGUAUAAUUCCUGAGUAGGAAAAUUCCAAAACUAUGCUUCAGCUAAGAUCAUUUUAGCUCUCUCUUUCUCUGCCUCUCUUCUUCUCUUUGCUUCUCUCUGUUCAUUCCCUCAAACAGAGCAAAGAAAUGGACUCCAGAACUCGUCUUGAUCAUGCACUGUUCCAACUCACUCCGACUAGGACCAGAUGUGACCUGGUGAUUUUCGCCGAUGGGGGCGGGAACGAGAAGCUGGCGUCUGGUCUUCUGGCGCCGUUUCUCACGCACCUCAAAUGCGCCAAAGAUCAGAUUUCUAAAGGUGGAUACUCCAUUACUCUUCGUCCCUCGGGCUCCAAUGCCCCUUGGUUUACUAAAGCCACUCUUCAAAGGUUUGUGAGAUUUGUUAACCAACCCGAAGUUCUUGAAAGAUUUGUGACUUUAGAGAAAGAGAUUGUGCAGAUUGAGAAUUCAAUUCAAACCAAUGAAUUGACCAACAGUAAUGCAUUGGUACAGGCUGAAGCUGCUGAUGGGAACUCAAACAAGGCAGCAGUUGUCUCCAAGUUAAAAGCUGAAACCAAUGGAACGGUCGAUGCUUCUCCAGAGGAGAACUCCAAGAUCCGUCUUCAGCGAGUUUUGGAAACACGAAGAGCCGUGCUCUGCAAAGAGCAGGCAAUGGCUUAUGCUCGUGCUUUAGUUGCUAGAUUUGAACCAGACUAUUUAGAUGAUCUUAUAUCUUUUGCUGAUGCUUUUGGAGCUUCACGUUUAAGGGAAGCAUGCAUAAAUUUCAUUGAGCUAUGCAAACAGAAGAACGAGGAUAGGCUUUGGAUAAAUGAAUUAGCUGCAAUGCAGGCAUGCCCUCCGCCAGUCAUGCCUUAUCUGGAAACAUCUGGAAUCAUACUUGCUGGGGAAGACAAUGAUCCUACUCAUAUUCCUAAUUUGAUGAUAAAUGUUAACCAAAAUGGAAAAUCAAAUGGCGCCUUGGAUACAUCAGUUUCUGAUUCCACCACUAGUCACGGAAGUUUGGAUGCAAGCAACGAUACAAGCUUCCCAUUACCUCCUCAGACAUCAUCAAUGGAUGGAAAAACUCAAGUGCCAGCAUCGUGGCCCAACCAUCUUCCACAGUACAUGCAUAAUUUUCAAGGCCCUGUUUUCCAUCCAUACCAAGGUUACAUGUUUCCUGGUAUGCAGGUUCCACCUUAUUAUCCAGGGAAUGUGAAAUGGCCUCCUAAUAUGGAAGAUUCUGGUCCUCAUGUAGAUCGAGAAACUGAUGAUCAUCGUAAUCAUAAGUCUCGCAGGAAUAAAAAGAAAUACUCUCAGGGGAAAAUGCAGGAUAAUGCAGAGCAAGAUGAAUCCACCGAGGAAAGUGAGUCAAGUUAUGAAAGUGAAUCAGAUGAGCAGACACGUCAUGGAAAGAAGCACUCUUCAAAAGAGCAGUCACGGAAGAAAAGACAUGGUAAGAAGUCCUCAAGAAAGGUUGUUAUUCGAAACAUUAAUUAUAUAAGCUCUAAGAGAGAUGAAGAAGGAAGUGGAUCUGAGGAAAGUUCAUCUGAUGAGAAUGGAGUCAUUGAUGGUGAUGCGAUUAAACAGCAGGUGGAGGAAGCUGUUGGGUCAUUGGAGAGGAGACACAAACCUUCCUCGCGUCGACAUAAGAAACAAGGUGGUGUUAAAUAUUCAAAUGGGGAUGAUGAGCAAGAAACUAAGAGCAUAAAUGCUGUUGAUAAUUCCGAAAAGAAGAAUGACAACUGGGAUGCUUUCCAGAAUCUUCUAUUGCAAGACAAAGAUACAAGUACUUUUGAUGAAGAACCGCGCCCUAUGCAUGAAUAUUUUUCAGAAGAAGGAAAACAUUCUACACUUGGCUUUGAACAAGAGAAGAUCACGAAGCAACGAGCAAUUUCCAGUGAUGAUUUUGUUGUCACAGGAAGGGGAACAGGGAAUGAGAGCAGAGCUCAAGUUGAGUACUUUGAAAGUGGUGAUAAUGUUGUUCCAAUUAUUAAGAAGCAUAGCCCUGAAGAGGAAUUGUUGUUUUCACAAAGAAUUGAAGAAUCUGGGAACAAUUCUCAUGUUAAUCUAUCUGAUAGUGUUGUUGGCUCCUCCAAAAACAAAUGUUCAACAGAUGGGGAAUGGUUUCUUGGCAACCAGACACAUAUUGCAGCAAAUCUGGAUGAAAGCAAAGAUCUUAAUAUAUAUGAUGGUGCAUAUUCCUCAUCUUCUACCGUCCACACUGAGAAGAACAAGAAAGAUGUUCUUGUUGAUGAUUCUUUUAUGGUUCACGAUCGACAAGUUGUGGAUCAAUCUGAUUCCCUCUUAAGAAAUGACAUGCGUUUUGUUCCUGAAAUAGGAGCUACUCAUUAUGAAUAUGGAGUUCCAGAAGCCUCGAAAGACAAGCCUGAAGCAUUUACUGCCCAUGAGCCAGAUGACCUUUACAUGAUGCUUGAUAGAGAUUCAGCUGCUGAAGCAACUAUGACAUCAUGGACCCCAGAGAUGGAUUAUAACAACUUUUCAUCAGCUGUAGCAAAUAAAAAGGCUGUUGAAUCUGAGAACACUGAUUGUGCUGAUGCAAUCGACUCUUCUAAUCCCAAGGGAAAGACUGGCAAAACUAAUGGAGUUCCUGGAGAAAAAGGUGCAGGCAAAGAAGCAAGGUCAAAAGUUUUAAAUGGAUCUCUAGGAAGGAAUAGAACUGAUCUAGCGUCAAGAACUAAGAAACCAGCUCCGGCAGGCAGAAGCAUAUCUGUAAAGAGCAAAGCAGAGAGGGAUGAAGAGAACAGGAAGAAACUGGAGGAAUUGCGACUCGAACGCCAGAGGAGAAUUGCUGAAAGAAGUACUUCCAGGGGGACUACUACAGCUAAACCUAAGCGGGUCUCAUCAGAAAGCAAAAUGGGCAGCACUUCCCCUAACAGUGAGAAGGCUCAAGGAGAUACAAAACCAAAUAAGCCAGUUCUUCGUAGUUCCACCAUAGAACGCCUCGCUACAGCUCGGACUACAAGUCCAAAAGUGUCGACACCUCAAUCAAAUGGCCUGCCAAAGAAGCAACCUGUGAAAAGUAAUGGUGUAGCUGCUACAAAUAAGAAACCAAGCCCAAACAAAAUGAAGCCUUCAGAGAAUGACCCCAAAAAGUUAAAACGUGUACUUUCUUCUGAAUCCAAUGCCAAGGAAAAAGAAAGUGUUGUAAUCACAGAAGCACAGUCUUUGAAUCCUGCAGCUGCAAUUGCAGUUCAGCCUAGUAAUACCAGUCGCAAUUCAGAAGAUGUUAAGGAGUUGCCAAGCAUAUCUUUAGUUGAAAAGAAUGAAGUAAAAGUCUUGGAUGACCAAAGACAUGAUGAAAUUUCAUCUGAGCCAAUUCAAAGUCAGCCUUUACAAAAUGAUCAGCUGAUAGGCAAUGCAGAGGUCAUGCCAAAGGAAUCUCCAGUUCUCAUUAGUGAAGAACAAAAAACAGAAAAGAUUGCUGAAAGUACUCUAAAUUCCAAUCUAGCAUCACCUAAAAAGGAUUCGAUCAUCACUUUUGUGAGCAUCAAAGAGGACAGCGCAGCAGUUGAAAGCUCACUGCUCUCACAGGAAAUCUCAGAGAUCGAAAUCUCUACACCGCCACCAAGUAGUGAAACGGCGGAAGAAGCUCUCCAUUCUAGCAGGAAGAAAUGGAACAGUGAUGAGAGCUCUCCUAAAGCAACCAAAGGGUUUAGAAAGCUUCUUUUCUUUGGAAAGAAAAGCAAGACCUCUGCUGUGAAUUGACAAAAUCUUCCAUUUUCAUGAAACACUUUUGGGUUUGGCUUUGAGCAUUGCAACUGGUGAAAUAAGAUGUGGUUUGUCAUGUGAAGGAACCUAAAAAAAAUUAUCUUUGCUUCCCUACACAAUAAGGCCUUGGGUGUUGCUGCCACACGGGGAAGUUUUAUGUGUAAGUUUAUCGAUUUUGGCAUAUGUAUUGUAUUGUAGAGAAUGGAUAAACAGUUAAAAUCUCUUUUGGAUGUUAUAUUGAUAUUCUGUAUUUAGCUUCUUGUAUACUGUGAAUCUUUUUCUGUAUGUUUUGUAUUCUUUAUUUAAUUGGAAGCAUAGAAACAAAGGGAAGGAUAAAAAGUUAAUAGUUUGUAUUUGUGUUCAGAGCUUGUUGUGAAUAAAGGUGUUUAUGUACGAGUUUACCAACCUA